AUGCUAAAGCAAAACCCUAUUUUAAGUUUAUUCUAAGAUAAAAGUGAUAUUCAUCAUUUUUUUAAACAAUAUAGAUAAUAAAAUAGAGAAUUGAAUUAUGAGACAAUAAAAAGAAAAGAUUUUCAUUCUUAAAAUAGAAUGAGAAAGUUAGUAAUUGAAUGUGGAAAUAAAUGUGAAAUAAAAAAUAAAUUUAAACUUAAUGGUGAAGAAUAAUGGAAAUAAAUAAAAUUCUUGCAGAUUAGAAAUUGUUAGGUGGUAUAAUUAAAUAUACCUAUAACAAUUAAUUAAAAACCGAAUUUUAAAUAUAGAUCUUUAUCAUUAUAAUAAAAUAAAAAAAAGGAUUAAUUACCUUUGAUUGGAUGGACAAGAAAAAAUACAGAAUGUUCCCAACAAUUAUGAUUAUUACACAUAGUAUGCUGUUAUAAUAAAAUGAGUUUUUCUUGAUUGAUUUUUUCAUUUUCAAACUGAAUAACAC